AUGCCCACGUCUUCAACCUUUGCGGAUCAUGCGUCCAUGACGGAGCUCGCUCGCGACAAGGUUCGCCAACAUGUAGGAGCCACCGCCUCCGCCCCCUUGGCCAAGCACAGGCACGACCCGCCUGUUUGUCCGACAGACGAGGACACGGCACCUCGAAACAACACCCGGUCCUGGGAUUAUGUCUGGAGAUCCGGAGUCGCGGGAGGUGUGGCCGGCUGCGCUGGCAAAACCAUUGUCGCGCCCCUAGACCGGGUCAAGAUCCUCUUCCAAGCGAGCAACCCCCAAUUCGCAAAGUACACGGGCUCGUCGUUUGGCGUCGUCGCCGCCACAAAGGACAUUUACCGCGCCGAGGGUGCCAUGGGCCUCUUCCGCGGCCACUCUGCCACGCUGUUGCGCAUCUUCCCCUACGCCGGCAUCAAGUUCCUGGCGUACGAGCAGAUCCGCGCCAAGAUCAUCCCCCAGAGGGAAUACGAGACGCCGCUGCGCCGCCUUCUCAGCGGCAGCCUGGCGGGAGUCACGUCCGUCUUCUUCACCUAUCCCUUGGAAGUCGCCCGCGUGCGGCUGGCGUUCGAGACGAAGCGGGACGCUCGCUCCUCCCUGACGUCCAUCUGGCGGCAGAUCUACAACGAGCGGCCCGCCGCGAAGCCCGCCGCGAAAGGGGUCUCGGAAGCCGCGGGGUCACUUGUUGACCCUCGGGGAGGGCUCGUCAACUUUUAUCGGGGCUUCUUCCCGACUCUCCUGGGCAUGCUCCCGUACGCGGGCAUGUCGUUCCUCACCCACGACACCGUCUCCGACCUUUUGCGCCACCCGUCCAUCGCCAAGCACACCACGCUGCCGAAGCGAAGGACUCAGGCCUCCGACAAGCCUGCAUCGCUGCGCUCGUGGGCCGAACUCACCAGCGGCGGCAUUGCCGGCCUCAUUGCGCAGACCUGUUCGUAUCCCCUCGAAGUGAUUCGGCGGCGCAUGCAAGUCAGCGGAGCCGUGGGUGACGGCCACAAGAUGCGUCUCGGCGAAACAGCAGUCCUCGUCUUUCGUGAGCGCGGCUUCCGCGGCUUCUUUGUCGGCCUCACCAUUGGCUACGUCAAGAUCAUUCCCAUGGCCGCUGUGAGCUUCUAUACAUAUGAACGCAUGAAGUUGAUCCUGGGUAUAUGA